AUGGUGGAUGGGCCAAGGGGGGGGCGACAUGGGGUUUCCCUUUCCAAAAGCCGUAGUGUGGUGUUGCCUGAUCUCCCGAAGACUCGUUCAACCACCCGUGAGAAAAGUAAAGCCUCGGUGAAGCGAAAUGUCUCGAUCCAGCCGCAUAAACCACCCAUCGUCCCGAAUUUCGAGGAGGAUCUGUAUUUUGAGGAUGCGGACGAUCAGCCAAUUUUGCUUCCUCGUCGGAAGCCGAAGCGCCCGGUGGUGAAUCGUUCAUUAUCACAGCUCGAGCAGGCGCCCGAUGACGUCCUUUUUGAGGAUGAGGUCGCUCGUCGAGUGGUGCAUAAACCACCACCGAUUACUCGCGGACGACCCGCCAAAACGGCCCAAGGCGUUCGUUCAAACGGGAAGGCCACCUUUUCUCCGCCUUCCCGCCGCCGUGGGAAGCUCCCUUCUUCUUAUAUUCCCCCAAAGAACGACAACGACGACGACGACGAUGACGAGGAAGAAGCAGAGGGGGGGGGUGAUUAUGAAGACGUGUAUGUGAAACCUACACGAGUGAGACGCCCUCGUCCGGUCGCUCCGCCUGCCAAACCACCAAAGGCCAGUGCGGAUGAUCCGAUGGCGGUGUUUUUCGAGGCCGCCUUCCCGAGCCCAUCGAAGUUUGACGAUAUGAUGAUGCAGUCGGGAGGACUUCCAGAAGCGCGGCGAAAUGGCGGCCGCGGCCGCGGCCGUAGCCGGCAGACUAAUUUAAUCCUUCCCUCCUCUAUUAUUCGUCAUCGAUAG